GUAUAGGCCUAUAAGAACAUCUGAUAUUCAUGAAAUAUUAAAUUUAUUUUCAAGACGUUUUGAAAUAUGCAUGAAGCCAACAUGUAGGCCCACCUAGCCUAAACAAAUUAGAUUUUUCCGUUUCAUUCGUUGAUUUCAGGUAUCCUUAUUUACAAUAUCUCCAAGUUAAGAAAUGUGCAGCUGGAUAAUGAAUCAUCAAACAUACUAUUACACACCACUAACCUACAUUUGCAUAUUUAACACCAAGACUCGCAUAAUACAGCGUAUCUCGUCCUAUUUUCCACUCAUUUAUCCUUGACAUAGUUUAAUUCCUGACUCCAUUCAUUAUCUGAGCUCAGAGGAAAACAGAGCUUGUGAUGGUUUAGGGUAUACCAGGUAAGGGAGUGAACGAGUGCAGCCAUAGCAACGCGACUGGUGUAGUUGUCUGGUGACAUUGGGACGCGGAGUAAAGGACUGUAGGCAACUGCCCACGUCUGCGCUUUCACAAUCUGGCUGCGUCAGGAUUCAUCUCAAAGCAACGCCGUCAUGGACGAAGCGGAGGACGGCGAUGAAGACCACAAAGAGACUCGCAGGGGCGACAUCCUUGACUCUACCUCCAAGAUGAAGAAUGUAACGCCAGGAGGGGGAGCAACGGCAGCGGCGAGCAGGAUCUCCAGCAACAAGGACUUCGCCUCUGUCUCCUGUGGACGCAGCACGGAAUCCACCGCGCUCCUCUGCCACGGAGAUGCUUCCAGGAACAGGAGUGGGUUUGACGGCGAGGAUGGCACCGGAAUGAGAUGCGUAAUCAACGGAGACUGCCGAAGAGACGAGAGCUUGUCCUCAACCCUCUCCAAGCAGGAGAAGCAGACAGGUGGAGGCUUCCCAGCAUCUGCAUGUCACUCCAGCACCUCCAGCAUGGACGGCUCGGUCACUUCUGCCCCGACCGCCGCUGCUCCUCCCGCUGAGAAGAAGGACUCCAGAGUUUCCUUCUCCAGCGCUCCACCGGCCCAGGGACAGACCUCGAACCAGCAGCAGCAGCCGGGCAAUUCUGUCAGCUUUCCCAAGUCUGAGGAUGGCCAGAUCACGGCAGAUGAUGCCGAAGCCAGGGACAAUCAAACUUACAUGCAGAGGCAGUUUAGCUCCAUGCUACAGCCCGGGGUCAACAAAUUCUCACUGCGUAUGUUUGGGAGUCAAAAGGCAGUGGAGAGGGAACAGGAACGAGUCAAAUCCGCUGGCAAUUGGAUUAUACAUCCGUACAGUGAUUUCAGGUUCUACUGGGAUUUCACAAUGCUAAUGUUUAUGGUGGGCAACUUGAUUAUCAUUCCUGUGGGCAUCACCUUCUUCAAGGAGGAAACCACCACCCCUUGGAUUAUCUUCAACGUUGUGUCCGAUACGUUCUUCCUCAUGGACUUGGUACUGAACUUCCGCACAGGCAUAGUCUACGAAGAAAACACUGAGAUAAUACUGGACCCUGAAAAGAUCAAGAAGAAGUACCUGAAGACAUGGUUUGUGGUGGACUUCGUCUCAUCCAUCCCAGUGGAUUAUAUCUUUCUCAUCGUAGAGAAAGGCAUUGACUCGGAGGUUUACAAGACAGCCAGAGCGUUGCGGAUUGUGCGUUUCACCAAAAUCCUCAGUUUACUGCGACUUCUUAGACUAUCCAGACUGAUUCGUUACAUCCAUCAAUGGGAAGAGAUCUUUCACAUGACCUAUGACCUGGCCAGUGCGGUGAUGCGCAUCUUCAAUCUGAUUGGCAUGAUGCUGCUUUUGUGCCACUGGGAUGGCUGUCUGCAGUUCUUGGUGCCCAUGUUGCAGGACUUCCCUUCAGACUGUUGGGUGUCUCUUAACAAGAUGGUGAACGACUCCUGGAGCGAGCUGUACUCCUUUGCCCUGUUCAAGGCCAUGAGCCAUAUGCUGUGUAUUGGGUACGGACGCCAGGCCCCUGAGAGUAUGUCUGAUAUCUGGUUGACCAUGCUGAGUAUGAUCGUGGGAGCCACCUGCUACGCCAUGUUCAUUGGCCAUGCCACCGCCCUCAUACAGUCACUGGACUCUUCCCGGCGCCAGUACCAGGAGAAGUACAAGCAAGUUGAGCAGUACAUGUCUUUCCACAAACUUCCGGCUGACUUCCGGCAGAAGAUCCAUGAUUACUAUGAACACAGAUACCAGGGCAAGAUGUUCGACGAGGAAAGCAUUUUGGAAGAACUGAACGAGCCGUUACGAGAGGAAAUUGUCAACUUCAACUGCCGGAAGCUGGUGGCAUCCAUGCCUCUCUUCGCCAACGCAGAUCCCAACUUUGUGACAGCAAUGUUAACUAAACUGCGCUUCGAGGUCUUCCAACCAGGAGAUUACAUCGUUCGUGAAGGAACCAUCGGCAAGAAGAUGUACUUCAUUCAGCAUGGUGUAGUCAGCAUCCUGACCAAAGGGAAUAUCGGCAUGAAGCUCUCUGACGGCUCCUACUUUGGGGAGAUCUGCCUAUUGACCCGUGGAAGACGAACCGCCAGUGUGCGGGCGGACACCUACUGCCGACUAUACUCGCUCUCCGUGGACAACUUCAAUGAAGUACUGGAGGAGUAUCCAAUGAUGAGGAGAGCAUUUGAGACAGUAGCCAUUGACCGCCUUGAUCGAAUAGGCAAGAAGAACUCCAUCCUGAUGCACAAAGUACAACACGAUCUUAACUCUGGUGUCUUCAACAACCGUGAGAACGAGAUGAUCCAGGAGAUUGUGAAGUAUGAUCGGGAAAUGGUUAAACUGGUUAAACAAGGGGACAUGCAAAGGCCCAGGGCCAUGUCCAUGACUCCUUCAACUCACGGGAACAUAUUUGCAACUUCUAGUCAACCCUCUACAAGUUCUGCUAUUGCUAGCCUUCAGCAGGCUGUUGCCAUGAGCUUCUGUCCCCAGAUGGGCAACCCUCUAGUGGGUUCUGGGGCGGUCCAGUCUCCCCGCAUGGUUCGGCGCUUCCAGGUGGUCCAGAGCCAAACACCCCCAGGCUCCCAGUACUCCACCUUAGCCCUCGCCUCUGCCCUUGCAAGCACACCUGUCCAUAGCCCUCUGGCAAUGGCUGGUCGAACGUUCCAGUAUGGUUCUAGCCCCCCAGGUGCACCCUCGGGCUCUCAGUUAUCCCUUGUACAGCAACACGUCCCCAGUCCCACAUAUCGACCACCAGUCCCCAGGAGCACUCUAAGCCAGGACUCCCGAGCCCUAUCCGCCUCCCAGCCAUCCUUACCCCAUGACAUGGUGCAGCCAGUUGCCCCAAGCCCUCCCCAGUCCACCAGAGUCUCAUCCACUUCCAUUGGUCCCCCUCAGAACCUCCCAGGCCCUGCUGGUCUUAGAGGAAGUAUCGCACCAAGAAUGGCACUACCCCAUCAAAUGUCUGUAGGUGCAUUUCCUCCUGCCUCCCUCCCUCAGAUGAGACCCAGCUUGGAUUCAGGACUGCCCAAGAAGGAUUCAAUAAUCAGUCUCCCAGAAACUGAACCACAUCACAUUAGAUCUAGAUUAUCGUCGAAUUUGUGACCACGAUAGUGUUGGUGGGCUCUGUCUGGGUCAGGAACGUGUGGACUCUCCUUCACCAAGUACUAUUCCCGACCCCCUGUCACACCUUUGAAAUUUACUCUCAGAAUGUAUGUGGUGUGACUGGCCACAAGGGCAAACAAACCCUCGAGACUUGAUAGUAUAAAAUGAACAUGUCUGUAUCAUUCUUACCACGAUUGGAACUUUUCCAUUUUACCUAUGAUAUAAACAUCAAUGUAGCUUCCACCCUCACAAUUUGCCUCUUUGAAAUGGUUUUCUUUAUUGUAGCUGUUCACAAAGAAUACAAAUGUACCACUCCCUUUUAUAUACUGUAGUUCAAACGAUGCAAACUGAUAUGUGUCUGAAUACCGGUACUUAGCAGUUUGCUUCUGAUCACAAUGUAGAAGCUUACUUCCCGCUUCUCAACAUGAACCGGCUAGACAAUAGAUAUUUAACCUAUAAUGCACAAUAUUAGAAUUGUUAUAUAUAUUAAAAAAAAAUGUAUUCAAUGGCUCGAGAGUCCCAAAUCGGUUUUGAAACGGGAUGUAUUCUUACUGGAACUGCUGUCCAUGUGUUUGUCUUAUUCCUUCAGACCAAAGUUGGGCCAAAGGAAAAUGUUAACAUGAGAUGACAUGUAAGGGUGUGUCAAAUGAAAUGAAAGGAUAAAAACAAAUAUAAUUUCAUUGCCUUGAUUUUGACUAAAAAUACUGUGCGUGUGACCAUACGUGUGUGUUUUUCUUAGCUGUCCCACAACAGAGCACAUUUCACUCGAUUUAGCAUUGGGACAAUUAAAUGAAUCAACAGUUUCCUAAUUAAGGUUCAUGGGAGUGAAUACCACAUAAAUUUCAAGCUAAUUAUGCUGCUGAAGUACGAAGUUUAACGACAGGGAGACUCAUUUGCCCUUAUCUGGUGCAUUCAAAUGCAUUUAAGUCUUAAUUACAAAGGAUUCAAGUAGCUUUGUUCUCAAAGGUCAGAUUUAAUAAUUAAUGAACUCUUUAUUUCAAAGAUUGUGGCUUUGUCCUGUUUGUGGAAAUCGUUCCUGCCUCACAAAUAAAGCGUAUGGAUAUGACUUAAUGCUCAAAAGCCUAAGCAGUUGAGGGGGACUGCACAUUUUAGAAAGCUAGUGAGGUUAUGCAGCAAGUACAUUGACUGUGAUUACCCCUCCUCUGAAAUGUGACGAGAUCCAUCAGGCGACGAUGAGUCGCUCCACUAUCUGUUGUUUUGGAGCACUAAAUAACUCGCUCGCCAUGGCUACCUAAUGAGGUCUGAUGUCCUCUCAGUCUUUGAAUCCUUGAAAACCUAUUUAUAUUCUGCUGUUACUUAUCAUUUCACAGCUUGGAAGAGACUAUAGGCUGCUCCUAUUUGUUUUUGGCAUCCUGGAGACAAAGCCAAGUGUGAAUUGAUCGUUUAUGACUUCUAAAAAAGAACAAAAUGGGCAGAUGGUUGCAAAUAGCAUCAGACUGUUUCUAUGCAGGGUGUAAAGUUCAUUUCUGAUGACUUUGAAUAGAAUCAUAAUGUAUUUCCCUUGUAAAAACAGACCGUUAAAUGAUUCCAUGUGGACUUUUCUGUGCACAAACCAGUGCCGUCCCAUAAGCUGAUUAAAAAAAAAAAACCCUUAUAGCUGCUUUUAAUGAUAUCCUCAGUUUUAUGUUGCACCAAAAACAGAUGUUGAUUUUAUUCAAUAUAUGCCAAGUGUUACUUUUUUGCCAAAUUCUAAGUAAUAUUUCAAGCAAUAAAGUUUACAAUGUGUCCAUAAGAAAAUAAUAUUUGUCUCAGUUGGAGUUAUCAUUAACAAUACACACGUUCCACAAAGUACCACUAAGUUAUACUAUGAAUUAUGGUAAAGAAAAAAAGGUUUUAUGAGGAAACUUUUGUCUUAACUUUUAGAACUCUGCAUACAUUGGAUUUAUCAUUAUUUAUCCAUACCAUCUGUGGUUAUUUUUUCAUGACUAUAUUGAUUAAAGGGCCAUGUUUUUAGCAGAGGUUCUGUGGUUUUGUUUGAAUAAACUUUCAAAACAUUGUGUGAUGAAGCUACUUAAAGUGUUCCAUUAAUUAGGAUGUUACAAGAGCCUGAGGUUGUUUUGCAGCUUUGCAUGAAAUAAAGGGGUUUAAUGAUGGGCCCAGGGUCAAAUUUACUUACUGUUUAAUUUAACUUAAUUGAGUUCAUUAAAUCAGGUCUAUGAUGUUCGGUCCAGCAUAUCUGUAAUGCAAUUUUAUUUGCUUUUUGAUUCUAAAUGGAAGUAAACCACAGCACCAUCUCUCGUCACAAGCUAUAAUCUUCCACAAAAAUGUGCAAAUCUCAUUUAAAAAAUGUUUGCCCAAGUACCCGUUGUGUUUUUGCAGUCAUACUUUCCCCUGAGAGCCUGUCUGAUGUCUAAGCUGACAGUUAUUAAGGUUUCAACACAAUUUUGCAUUUGUCAAACAAGCCACCAUAAAAGAAGAAAACUUUAGACUUUUGCUAAGUGCUCCUGUAUGUAAGUUCCUCUCUUGAACUUUCUCUGAGCUGACAGUGUGUCAGCAUGUUCAACUUGUGGUCAGUCUACUCAAGAUGCGACAUGGUGAACCCUUGAGAGGCAUCUUUCCCUCAGAAGGCAUCUCUGACAACUUCAAUCAAUCCACUGUUGAGCACACAAAAAAUGUUUGCAUUAGAAAAAAAGUAAAAACUAGAAAAAUAAUUUUUUGGCAAAAAUGAAGAAAAAAAAAAAAAUGUAAACAGAGAAACAGUAAUAAAAACAUUAUGCAUUUGAAAUGCAUAAUAUAUACAUACAAUUUAAAUUCCAAGAAAACAACCCACAAUUCUGAAGUGCAUUACAAUUUUUUUUCUUUUUUUUUCCUGGCAUGCAGUCAUCUUUCAGUUCCAUUAGUAAUGUUUGGGACAUAAGGAUCAGAAGAAGUAACCACAUCAACUGGGAGAUAUGAAUGAAUUCAUCUAAAUGACUGCAUCUAAGACUAGCUGGCUUUUAUCUCUAAUUUAGUCAUAACAUCUGAGAUGAUCAUUUCAGUCAUUGGGCUAAAAUAUAUCUGCUCGUCUCAUGUCCCUUCAUGCGUGUCUUAUAAGGGAAAGUUGUCUAUUUUAGCCCUAUUACAGGUACCUAAUAAAGCAAAAAGCUUUGAUUUUAUUGUAGGAUGCUGUUGGGCAUGGCAGCAAGCGUCAAAAAGUGGCAACAGAAAUAUGAAGUUUACUUCAUUAGAAAAAUAGGUCAUUUUAAAACCGCUUCAAAUGUGGUUCUUCCAAUACAUGCAAAUAUCUGUUGCAUAAAAUUGUAGGCUAUUAUGCAUUCAUUCAUCAAUUUAUAUGCAGUAGUCCACAAUGAUGGUUUAGCAAAGUGAUUUACAUGAUUAUAAAAGUGCCGCGUCUUUAAGAAAAUUACACUCCUUUUGUUGGUCAUUGCUUUAAGUGACUUCUCAGACAUCUUUUGAAUGAUUAAGUGGAGAGUUUCAUCCAAUCACUAGAUUCGAGAGCAAUCUUCAUUCUUUUGCAGUGAAAUCUGGAUAAUGACGAGAAUGGUUCAGUGAUUUAGAUGAUUCAGUACUGGAUGGAUUCAGCUAAGGAUUCUGUUUAAAUGAUUCAAACAGUUUUGAGUGAUUCAUCAAUAGAAUCAGUUCAUCCGAGUCACUUGUUUGAGAAUUAUAUCACACUGGUAAUUGUGCUUUAGAAAGACAUUUAUCUGAAUUAAAAUAAAAAUUCAACUCUGAUUAGCAGUAAAUUGAACCCGAGUGUUCUUUUUGAGCGAUUCAUUAAACGAAUCAGUUCAUAAGAGUCAAACUCAACUCGGUUAAGUACACAAAACAUUUCUUGCUUCAUUUCAAGUAAAGCAAGAAAUGAUUUGCAGUUCAGUGAAUCGGAGAAUAGGAUGAUUCAUCACUGCUCUGACAGAUAGUGAUUCGUUCCGCUAAGGAUUUUAACAUUUUUAAGGAUUUCUUUCUAAAUUUAGCUAAGAGUUUAAAAACUUCAGACAGGGUUUGUGAAUAUUUUUGAGUGAAUCGUAGAUCACAUUACUCUGGUGGUUCCCAGCAGGCACACAAUGUCAUAAGCCAUUGACAUUUGGUUAAAUUUCAGUUGCGAAGUCUGGUGACCAAAAUUCAAUGUCAAUUCAACGUCUAUAAUGUCAAUAUUAAUUUGAUGUCCAAUACCGACGUCAGCUGACAUUUAGGUUAUGUAACCAAAAUCCAACAUUAAGUCAAUGUCAAAUUAGCGCCAAAUAUUGACGUAACCCGAUAUUCAUUCUCAACCAAAAUGCAACGUCUGUCCGACGUCAACCUGGCGUUAUAUUGACGUCCUGUGCCUGCUGGGUUGUGCUGUAGAACAAUGUGCAUUGUGAAUCAUAUUACUUGUGGUUCAGUGGUUCAGUCUUAUUUAGCAAUUCAUUAAGAGAAUCAAUUUUUAAGAGUCACUUGUUCGUGAAAUUACAUUACACUGGUGGUUGUGCUGCAGAAAGACAUGUUUAUCUAAAUCGCACUGCAAACACAACUCUGGUAAGUACACAAAACAUGUUUUGCAAGAAUUGACUGGCGGUUCAAUGUAUCGACAAAUCAGAUGAUUCUGUAACACUGACAUAUUAAAUAAUUUAUUAGUUUCUUCUGAGAGUUUUAUUUAAAAGAUUUACUUCAUAAGAGUCACUUUUUUGUGAAUUGCAUUACACUGGUGGCUGUGCUGUUCAAAAACGUGUUUAUCUGAUCGCACUGCAAACUCAACUCGGCUAAAAUUGAAUUUCUUUCUCCUGUAAAUUGAGGAAACAUUGGCCGCUAAGUGUCUUAAAACAUUAUGUGGCGGCAAACAGCUUUAAGCCCAUGAGCUAUUAUUAUUGUAAGGGCAACUUCCCACGCAGAGGUUGUUCGAGAUGUCAGGAAAUGAGCAGGUCUGUUGACGUCGAUUCUCAUGUAAUCAAGUGUAGCCUUGCAU